CUGCACCAACACCAUUCCUCCUCUUGUUUUUCCCUUGACUCUAUGCUUGACCUCGGGGUGGUGGAAGAUAUAUGCUCGGGAGAUGCGAGCACUAUGGGCCCAAUUACCCCGGCCUAGACUCAGCGGCUGCCCUCCUCUCCGAUCGAUCGAGACGACCACACCUUUAUUAGUACGGAAGACUACUACAGCUCCCCUCAGACGCCGACCUACGUUCAACGAUGUAUUCACAAUCUUCCUUGCUCCUGUGCUUGCCGCAGUCCUCAUAGUCGACACCAGCUGGAAAGCAAAGCAAAGAAAAGAUUGGGAUGACAAACUCCUCGUCAUUCACGAAGAGAUCCGAGAGAUCAAUGAGCGAGAACAGCGGGUUAGAAAUGCUCUUCAGCUUCGAGGCAUCCGGAGAGGGAUUUGCGAACAGAGACGAGGGUAUUCGACAGCUGCAAACGCUCGAGUAGACGCGGUAGAGGAGUUCGACAAUGAAGUGGAAAUGCCAUUGUGGGAAGGAAAUGGGGAAGGUUGUAUGCCUCAUGUCUACAACCCCGGGUUGCGGAGCUAUGCGAAGCAAAUGGUAGACGUGAAGCCUGCGGAAAUAUACGAAGACGCAAAGUUCUCGCCGGCAGAACUUGCUGGCUUCCAAAGAUAUCAUCGACUCAACGCUAUCAUGCUUUCCCUGAGACUGCUGCUCCACCUCCAGGUCGGACCGAGCCCCUACUUCAGUCUCGCUCCAGGAGAGGAUGCUGCAGACGUGGAGAAUGUCGAGUUUUCCCAGGACAGCAACCGACUCAUUGAGAUGUUGCGACUGACUCGGGAUGAGAUGAGAACAUUCAGACAUCGGGAAGACCUUCUCCGCAUUUCAUAUCGUAUCGAAGCUCAAGCGUACAGAUCUGAUCUAAAUAAUGCUGUCUGGGAAUUAACAACAGCCUUCCGUGCAGGGGACAUAAACCUCGUCGACCUCAUCAAUCGCUUUGGACAAGUACUCUUGGAGAGCACUCAGGUUCUGUCUGUGUCCUCAUACAUCGAGCUCAUUCGAGCUUUCUCGACCAAUGGUCACUACAGCCUGGCCUACUUUGUCAUUGCAGCCUUGAAGAAGAGCACGUUGCCAUUGACCGAUAACGCAGUGUUUUACAUGCUAUUGCAGAUCGGUCAAGUCUGUGAUUCUCGGUCCUUGAAUCACCUCUUACCAGAGAUAACAAGGUCAGAUUCAAGAGUGAAUGUUAUCAGCCCUUGGAAAAGGGUCCAUGCAAAUGGCCUGGAUCUACCCGUCCCUGCGUCCUUGAAUGUGAAGCUGCUGCAGGUGUUGAUAUAUGCAGCUUUACGGUGUGGACAACCUGAGCGUGCGGAAGGUUGGCUGUCUCUGUUACAAGAGAUGGACUAUGGCGGGUUCAGGAAAAACCAUCUGUUCAGAAGCUUUCUAACAUAUUACACACAACAACGCAAUUGGGAAAAAGGGCAAAUCUGGCUCCGACGUUCAAUUGAACACGCAUCAACCAUUGCAACAUAUACAUACAAGGGCUUCGUACGCGUGGUCUACCGCAUGCUUGAUCUCUGCGUCACAUGUCGGAAACUGCCCGAGUAUACAAUCAUCCUGGACGCUGCAGUCAAGUCUGGCAUAAGUGCACCAAUACCCGUCCGCAAUCCUAAUAUGCGCAAAAUUCUGUACGCUAGGGGAUGCAGCAUCCUGAAUGAGUGGGCUUCUCUUCCUAUCUCAGAGGACGUCAGCUCGCUCACUCCUGCUGAAAAGGCCGAAAUUUUUGUGAAGGAGUGCGGCGUUUUCUUGAAGCACAUUUCUGAUGCACCAAAAUCGGCUUCGGUUUCGCCAGAGCAGGAGGAUGAAGGGGACUUGGUAUUCGUGCCUUUUACUCGGCAAACUUCACUUAGGUACGCUGUUCGUCGUCAGCUGAAAUCCGAUCAUCCUGUGCCGGCACUAGGCACCCACCAAAGCGAAGUGAUGAGUGAUGAGCAGGCGAGGAUCAACAGCAGAAAUAUGCAUAACAACGAGCAAGCAGAUACCAUCAAUCAUUUAGCGCUUACCGCGACCGAGUUGAGAGAGCAACUUAAAAGAGUGGAAGAGUCUGAGCGUGAACUCACAAAGAGAAGUGCACAACUGGAAGCCGACUUGCAACGAAAGCUCUAUGUUGCUGAGCAGGAGAGAGCCGAAGUCAAAGCUCAAAUGGAAAAGAACUCGGCUGAAUUCGAGGAACAAUUACGAGAGUCUCGAGCACUUUUGAACCAACUCCAACAUUUGAAUCAAUUAUCUAUGGAGGAACAAGCUCAACUCAGGAAAGAGGUAUCGGAGUUGAGAGCAAUCGCCAGACUAGCAAAUGAGAAGCAGCAGAAGGAGAAGACAGAGCGAUCAAAUAAUGACAAAACGAAGAUCAUGCAUCGGUCGAGCGCGAGACGUGAACAGAAGAAAAUCACCAUCAGCGAACCCUCGAGAGAACCCGAGACUGCUGCUGACCAGGUCAGUGCUGGAUCAAAUGGGGCUUCGGGUCUAGACCAGGACUUCCAUUUUUACACGAAAUCGUUCGCAUACUGUGAGCCAAAGGCCAGAAGUCCCUAUAGGCGUUUGAGACUACUACCUAUGAACCAUGUGGGACGCCGUCAACGUAUUUUGGAGACCCAAGGAGAGGAUGACCACCCGGUCCCACCAAGUGCCCAUGUUUGAGUCUGAUUUGGUCUCCGAAUCGCAAGUUCGGAGUGCACUGUCUGCUUCGAUUAGCGGUCGUUAGCAUGUCUCACGGCCCCUUCUCAACUGUUUGAUGGACGGGUGUGAAGGUCAGCUCAACAUUGCCAUCCAGUUGCCUUCUAUACAGAGGCAAUCGAAACCAAUCUGGAGCCGACACACGGCAAAGGUGUUGGCUAUGAUCGAUGAGUGGCUGAACAACCUAACAUAUCCGUACUACCUGUUUCCCAUCGGGAGGUGAGCAAGCUGUCCUCACCGCGGCUUGGUCGACACCAGGAAGACAGGAGGACGUAGAGUGGUAACUUUCCGUGCAUGAAUCAGCACUGGCCCAGUCAGUUCUGGGAAUAUGUGGCUUGCAGCAAGUGAGCAUACAGAUAUCAACGUCGGCCGAAACCUCCCUUUCUCUGAACGACGCCUCAACGAUUGGGAAUCGAUGGUUACGAACUAGGUUCGGAGAACAUGUCACCUCCCUGGUUGGAAGAGGGCCUUGCAAAUGACAAAUUUCCGGCAUCGAGGGCCUCCGGAUCCGUUCAAACCAUGGCAAAAGACGCCAGGAUGUAUGUACUUUGAUGGUGGCAAGCCAGCAUACGGGCGGGGGUGGUUCUUCUCUCGGACCUCCACAGGGGGCCGUGGCAAGUAUGAAACCACAAAAGAGGAAGCGUCGUCUUUUCGUCGCCCUGUCAACAGAGCUCGCGUCCCAAAAAAGGCACGACUUGGACCACCCGUGAAUACGGUCGAGACGGGGAUCGCGCCCGGGCACUGUUUUGCACUUUCGGUCACAAUCGAGUCAGUCGUGGUGGCCGACGUGGGCACCUGUCGUGUGUCUCUACAUAGAAUUGGAAGAUGUGAUUGCACACAAAGAAGAUGAAGGAUGUAAAAUUUAUGGGUACCAAAAAAUAAAACAAAAACACCUUGCUCUUUAUGA